CGCCCCCCGUGCCUGCUGCCAGUAAACAUGGCGACGAUGAGACGAAGCAGGAAGAACAUUUGUGCCCUCUCCCUUCUCAUUUACCUCCAACUUUUGGUCGGCGGCUGCCUGGCGGCUCCGAUGAACGCCACCUCGGAAGAUGACCCUGCAAAGAAAGCAGACGGGCCUCAAAGUCCUCCCCUCGCCGGCAUCAAAGACGGCACUCAACCAGAACCUUUGGCAGCUGAAGUCAACGCAGCAUCGAAGGAUCCAGCAGCACCCAGCACCAACGCCUCGGAACCAGUCCAGAUCCAGCAAGUCAACAUCACCCAAACGGCAUCCAGUCAACCCAAGGCGCCCAAAGAGGACCAAAGCAGCCUGGUCAUCAUCGGUUCCUCUGCCAACGACCCGAAGCAAACGUCUGAAGGACCUGAGCGUGCAGGACCACAGGAGGCCAAAGCCACCACAUCCAACAUCGUGGUCACAACAGACAAACCCAAAGCUGCUAAAAUCACGCCGGAGACCAAACCACAAGCAGCCACCACCACCUCCACCCCCAUCUUUGUCAAAACCCCCCAACUCACCAAGCCCGCAGUGGAGGACACCACCGCCCUGGACUCUAAAUCCUUGGCUACUCAGAACCCAACCGCCGUUCUGCAGGACCUUGAGUUGGAACUCCUGCAGCCCGCCGGCAAAGAAGCCACGGAUCAAUACGGAGACGACGACGAUGACGACGACCAGGACAACUACACCGACAGCGAAGAUCUGGAGGCGGAGUACGGUCUGGAAGCCGGCGACGCCACCGCCAAAGACCAGACGGUCAUCCGAGUGGAGGCGCCGUACAGGAAGGAAGACCCCAGCUACAAGGGGCCCGCCCUCUACAAUGCGGACGACGAGGACUCGCACUUCUUCUUCCAUCUGGUCAUCCUAGCCUUCCUGGUGGCCAUCAUCUACAUCACCUACCACAACAAGAGGAAGAUCUUCCUGCUGGCUCAGAGCCGCCGUUGGAAGGAGAGUCUUUGUUCCCGCAACACGGUGGAAUACCACCGCCUGGACCAGAACGUCAACGAGGCCAUGCCGUCCCUCAAAAUGACCCGCGACUACAUCUUUUGAACCAUGAGUCCAGACCCCCCCAUGCUGGCCUUGUUGGUGGGCAUCCAUGUUUGUUUGACAUCCUGAUGUGUUUUUCUUAUUUUCUACAGGUCUGCAUUUCUUGGGUUGUUUCAUUUCAAGGGGGGGGGGGUGUUUUAUCUGCUUUUAUCUCCCCCCCUUCUGAUCAGACAACAAAUGACACUUUGAGUGUGUACUCCUGGUAAAAGUCCUAUUUAUGCAGAGUAGAAAAAGAGUUGAUUGGAAAGGAUGCUGCUACACGCCCCCUACUGGCCACAUGCUGCCAUGCAGGUCUCCUGGCCGCUCCUCUUUGCUUUAUGACUUCGGUGAAGUCCCUGUCAAUCAGCCACACACCCCCACUCACUCAGUCUUCACCUUGUGUGUGUGUGAGAGAGAGAGAGAGAUGCCUGCCCUGCGGAGCCCCACAUUACCAACAUGAGUACUUUUGGUUGCCUUACCAGCACCCUGCUAGGCCUUCUGCUGUCACGGUACGCUACUCAUUCCAUACUUGGCACUUUCAUAUCACGUGUAUCGUUAGCAUCCAUGCCAUCAUCCUCCUUUGACAAUAAAGCACAAAUCAAAUGAA